ACGUCACUUUGAGCAACAGGUUAAAUUGUUGAAAUGAUUUUGGGUCAAACGUUUGCAAAAUUUUUCGCGAUUUUUUCCAUUUUAGGAAGCGUAACAUGCUUAAGCAGACACCACUGCGAAGCUGAAACAGGCAACUCCUCAGAAAAACUCAGGUGUCAAUUAUUUUCAAACUAUAAUGCAUCCAUUUUACCGGAUAUUACUUCUCCAGAUUACCUUCAAGCACUCGACUUGAAUGUAUUUUACGCUGAUAUAGACGUCUCAGGAAUAUUUCAAUUGAUUGGAGAUGCCAAAGCUAUUUGGGAAGACAAGCAAAUGAUUUGGGAGCCAAAUGAACAUAAUAAUACAUAUUCUUUAAAUAUUCAGAAUGAUAUGGACCAAAUAUGGAAACCGGAUUUCAUUUUGACCAACUAUAUAUUUCCAAAGAAUAAAUCUUUACUUGUGUCUGACUAUAACGCCACAAUAAUGCAUAACGGAACAAUAAUCUUUUUGAUGAAAUAUAUCAGUAUACAAGCAAAGUGUCAGGUCACAGUAAAAAGCAGGCCAUGGUUUAAUCAUACUUGUCAGCUUGAUUUGAAAACCAGUUCACCAAAUUCCCUAUUCAUUAUUCAUCAAGACAGUGUUGUAAAUGCUGAAAUUGAAUCACCAUGGACAGUGAAUAAAACUCGACAAAUGAAACCGAAAGAUGACAAUAAUGAGCCACCCAAUUAUUCGAUAUCGAUUGAUGUGGAAUUACACAGGAACAUCAGUCUUUACAAUUCCACACGAUGUAUCUCAGAUCCAAGCACCUUUGAAGAGCAGGUCAAAUGUAAUUUUUCCACUCUCAACUUGCUUUCACCUCCAUCUGAAGCGAAUGUGUCGCAAGUGGAUAGUCCUUUAAUAGAUUUGUACUUUAGUUACGUUGAUUUGAAUAUCGAAGAUGGAAUAUUUUUAUUGAUUGGAAAAAUCCACGUGCAAUGGCGUGAUGGCCGAAUAACCUGGGACAAACAGAAAUUCGGAAACCUUUGGUAUAUACGAAAUUUUGACGUUCAUUCAAUAUGGAAGCCUAGUUUGAUUUUAAACAACCACUUGUUUCCAGAAGACCGCUUUUACAAUGAAACAUUCGGUGUAGGUGACUUGACGAUAUAUGCUGGUGGCCUUAUGAUGUGGGAUACAUCAGUGCGUUUACCUACGAGAUGUGACAUGAAUUAUGCUAGUUGGCCAUGGGAACCUCGAACGUGUUGUUUGAAUUUUACUUACAAUACACCCGCUAUGGACCUUUAUUUGCUAAAAGUAUUGUCUAAGCACCCUGGAGUACCAUCAUUAUGGACAAUCACCAACAUGAAAGAAGAAUACGAGUACCCCAAAUUGAACGUCGAAGUAACCUUGAAAAUGAAAAGCAAUUCUUUGCAAGUCGUUUGGUGUUCAACUUUUAUUGCUCUGUGUUUAGUGAUGCUGCCAUCAUUUUUAAUUUCGCCAAUAAGUAACAUCAAGCUGACAUCGAAAGUAAUAUCCCUGCUACUGUUUACAAUUUUUCUGACAAUUUUGAUCAAUUCAAUUCCCAAUUUCACUUUGAUUGCUCCCAAUUUCAUGCUUGGAUACAUAAUGUUAUUGAUAAUUUUGGGAAUAUCUAGUUGUAUCACUGCCUACUUGGUUCGAUUAGCAAAAAAAUCGCAUUCAUUCAACUCAUCACUGAGCAUGGAAAAUUUGAAUUCUGAAGAAAACGAAUGCAAUAAAAGCACAAUGAAAACAAAACUGUUUAAAGUUUUCCAUUCUACUCGUGAUGAAUAUAUUCCUGAGGAAUCCUUAUCGAAUAUGCAUCAAGAUAAAAGGUUGAAAAUAGCUGCAGUGAUCGAGUAUUCAUCACUUGCAAUUUGUUCAAUUAUUUGUGUAUUUCUUUUCGUAAGUUUCAUAAGCUGAAAUACCAGAAUGCUGUAGGUAGCCUAUUUCGUGUCAAUUUGAUAGUAUUUUUUCUAAAUACAAUCAUUAUUAUUCCA